AUGUGCUGCAACUACUAUGGGAACUCCUACGGGGGCUGUGGCUAUGGCUGUGGCUAUGGCUGUGGCUAUAGAUCUGGCUACGGCUGUGGCUACGGCUCUGGCUAUGGCUGUGGAUAUGGAUCCAGAUAUGGCUGUGGCUAUGGCUGUGGCUACGGCUCUGGUUAUGGCUCUGGCUAUGGCUGUGGCUAUGGCUCUGGCUAUGGCUGUGGAUACGGCUCUGGCUACGGCUCUGGCUAUGGCUGUGGAUACGGCUCUGGCUAUGGCUGUGGAUACGGCUCUGGCUACGGCUCUGGCUAUGGCUGUGGCUGCUGUACCAUCCGACCAUGCUGCUACCGACGCUGCUAUUCCUCUUGCUGCUAG